AUGGAGUGCUUCUGGCUCCAGGAGAAGGCUGACAGCUUGGAGGAGAAGCACACGCUUCUCCUCCGCAGAGUCCGCCGCGCCGAGCGGGAUCGGGAUUUGGCCGUGCAGCGAAGCGCUGAGGUAGAGGUUGCAGUGAGACAGCUGCGAGAAGAAGCGGCGCCGGUCAUCGCACGCUUUAUGGAGUCGGAAGUUUUGCGGAGCCAGCUCCAGGCGUGCAGCGAGGACCUCGUACGGUUGAAGGAGGAGAUGGCGGCUUGCAAGGAGGAGCUAGCAGAAGGCUUGCCCAAGCUCGCAGAAUUGGAGGAUGACGAGGCAGAGUGUGCAGGCGCCUUGGCGCAGCUCGAGGCGCAGCACACAGAGGAGGUGAGCCUGCUGACCACCUUGCACAAGCAGGACCUGACCUGCAUUCCGGUUCUGCGGCCCGAGUGCACGGGGCGAAGUGGGCGUCGGUACUUCUCCCAGGCCUGGUGUGAGCUCUGGUGCGUUCAAACAGUGACCGCUCCGGUCAGGCGGCGAACUGCUUUUGUCAGCUUGGCCACAGAAGACUAUGGACGGGGUGCGCUGGUGAUGUCUGUGGCUGGGCAGCGACGGAUGUGGGUGCUUACAGUCGCCACAGCAACGGAGAGAUGCAACACACUGCAGGCGAGCAUGCGAACCCGACUGCCAGACGACGUGGACGUGGUAGUCUUUAGCGAUGCAGAGCUGGCAGUGGUGCCAGGCGGAGCGUGCGUUCGUGGCAGGCGAACCGCUGAUGCCAGAUACCUGGGUUUUCAGAUGCUUGUGAUGCUCUCACAGCGGCCACAUUUCCGGUUUUGCUGGCGAAAGCUCGGCCUGUGGGCUCUGGAGGAAUAUGAUGUCAUCUUCUAUCUGGACUCGGACAUGUUGGCAGUGGGUGAUGUUGCCGGGCUGUUGGACUUCAUGCCUGAAGAAGGGCAGUUGGGUGCCGUGCCUUCCUGCGAGUGUUGGCGGUCGGAAUCCUGCAACUACACCUUGGGGCCGAGAGAAGGCCUCUAUGUCAACGCAGGGCUGCUCUGUUUCCGACCGAGUAUGCUGGAGCUCGGCAAGAUGAGAGAAGCCUUGGCCAAGUGGGCAGAGCGAGAUGCCCAGCCGAAUGCCGCCCACUUCUUCCCAGAAGCAAUGCCAUUCGCUGAACAAGACUUUCUCAAUAGCUACUUCCGUGGGCGGAUACGAUCUCUGCCAUCGGCUUUUAACGUGCUCCAGCAUGCCAUGAAGAAUCCAAAGCACAUGGACGCCUUGGAGCUUGAAAACUGCAGCAUACUGCACUACGUCAUGGGCAAGCCAUGGGAGCGUGCGAGCAGAGUGGACGAGGAUGUUGCGGAUUUGCGCGCGCUCUGGUGGCAGGCGUGGCAGGACACUGCUUCGAAGGCUUGCCUUCGUCCGCGCUGGGAAAGGCAUCGUGUACACGCCGCUCUCCCCCUUUUUCUGGUGAAGGACUUCGUCAACGUGGAGGGGGAGGCGUCCUUGAUCUCCGAGAUAUACGGCGAGGAGUUGAAGGGAAGAUGGACGCAGCUUAGACGGCGACGCCUCAUGUGCCUCGGAGGUGUGCCUCAUCCAGACGGGGCCAUUUGUGAAGACCUUCCCGAAGUCAUCUUCCAACUUGCAUCAAACCUCGUCCGGGUCGGUGCCACGGAAGGAGCGCCGAAUCAGUGCUUCGUCAAUCACUACCGUCCCGGUGAGGGUAUCGAUGCUCAUUGUGACGGGCCACAAUUUAAUCCGGAGGUGGCGAUCCUCACAUUGGAAGGCCCUGCGCUGCUGCACUUCGGUCUCGUGGAGAAGAAGGCUUACCCGCAUCUUCCUCCUCGCUUCGAGGUGCUGCUGGAGCCCAGAUCUUUGCUUGUGAUGAGGGGCGAGGCGUACAACCUCUAUGUACACCGCAUUGAUCACGCGGAGGCAGACACUACAAGGGAUGGUCUUGAAGUUCAGCGUGCCCGGCGCAGAACGUCCUUGACCUUUCGACGCCUGGCGCACGUGAAGUUGGAGAGCAAGGACGUGAAGGGCGAGGCUCAGAGACUUGGCAGACAGGCUCAGUGGCGCUGGUUCGCGUCCCAGCUCAGUGAGUUCGACUAG